AUGGCGCCAAGCAAGGCAGUGCGGACAUGCAGGGCAGGGCAGCGCGACGGCGCGGGGCAGGGCAGCGUGGACGCGCCGGGCAGGGCAGCGCGGACGCGCAGGAUAGCGUGCGGGCAGACGCAGCGCGAGAGGCAGUGCACGCGCAGAGCACGGGCAGGUGCGGCGCACAUGGCAGCGUACAAGAGGCGCGGUGUGCGGGGCAGCGCACGGGUAGGGCAGCACCGCGCGAGCAGGUGCAGCGCACGGGGCAGCGUACGGGCAGGCGCUGCGCGCGGGGCCAAGGUAGCGCUUGCGGGCAGGCGUGGCACGCGGGGCAACGUACGGGCAGAGUGCACGAGGGGCAGCGGCGUGUCGGACAGGCACGGCACUGUUCGCUCACAGUGGGCCACCCGCGAUGCUGCUGCCCGUCUUGCUGUGCGUCGCCACUUACCGACCGCUGAGCGUGCGCACUUUAGUCAGUACAAGAGUGCUAAGACCUUGUACGACGCUGUAGUUGCACGCUACUCUUCCCCUGCCACUGCUGCCCUUAGCCGCCUCAUGGUGUCGUACCUGUUCCCUGACCUCGCCGCCUUUCCCACUGUUGCUGACCUCAUUACGUACCUUCGCACUAGGGACACCCACUACCACGCUGCGCUUCCUGCUGAGUUCUGCGCCAAGAACCCCCCCCCCCCCCCCAUGUACAUCACCCUCUACUACAUAGUCACCCGUCUCCCUGACUCCCUUCGCUCGGUCAGGGACCACUUCCUCUCUGUUUGCCCCACCACACUCACCGUUGACCUCCUCGAGGAGCGCCUCCUGGCAGCUGAGAAGAGUAUAGUCGCUGUAGGAGCCUCUCGUGGUGACCCUCGUGCCCCCUUCUUUGAGGGGUGCUCCCCCUUCCCCCUGUUGCCCUCUAUUGCCUCUGCUGCUGCCCUUGACCUCGUUGGCUUGGAGUCGGUCAGAGCGGCGUCUGCCCCUAGCGGGCGACGCCGCACCAGCAAGGGCAAGGGGGGCAAGGGCGUUGGAGGGGCUGGCGGGGGCGGUGGAGGUGGAGGUGGAGGAGGCGGAGGGAGUGGGGGUGGUGGUGGGAGUGGUGGCGGGGGUGGGGGCUUCGGUGGCGGCGGAGGCGGCGGCGGCGGUGGCGAUGGGAGCGGAGGAGGAGGCGGUGGCGGCGGUGGCCGAGGUGGCGGCGGAGGAGGUGGAGCUAGUCGGGGUGGCUCUGCGCAGCGGGGCGGCUUAGGUGGUGGUCAGCGCCAGCAGCAGCAGCGCACUCGUGAGACCCCGUCCCCUCAGCAGCUUCGUGAGUGGUACGCUGGGCGUCAGCGAGUGCGAGGGCUCACCCAGCGCUGCUUCGGCCGCCUGACAGACGCUUGGCGUCACCAGUUCCCUGACGCCACUGAGAUCCCUCGCUGGGGAGAGCUGUCUAGGGCGUGGGUUGCUAUCUUUGAUCUUGACUAUGAUGCUAUUCUUGCUGCCAUGUAUGCUGUGUCUACUAGUGAUGAGGGUGACUGUUACCUGUCUGUACUGCCUAACCCGGGCAUUGAGGCUGCUGCUCUAGGUGCUGGUGAGGCUGCUGCUCUAGGUGCUAGCCCGUCUGCUGCCCCAUGUGCUGGUGAGUCUGCUCUCUCAGGUACCAUGUCGGCUCAGGCCUUGCACACCUUCACCCUUGACUCGGGUGCUUCCCGCUCCUUCUUUCGCGACAGCACCACGCUUACGCCACUUAGUCGGCCGGUUGCGGUCUCCCUGGCGGACCCCUCUGGGGGUCCUGUCCUUGCUAGCUUCUCCACUGUCUUACCGUGUCAGGCAGCCCCCUCUGGCACCCUGUCAGGUCUCUACCUUCCCUCGUUCUCUACGAACUUGGUGAGUGGUGCUGACCUACAGGAUGGGGGGGUUGACCAGUUCACUCCUGCGGGUCAACGGGUGACCCACUGUACGUGUGCUCGGACGGGCCGACACUUGGCCACGUUUACCCGUCGGUCGGGGUCGAGCCGGUGCACACUGACUACUGAGUCCCCUCCGGUUGCUGAGUCUGGUUAG